UAGUAGAGCAGUAGACGUGGCAGCACGUGAGGAAUAUAUUUUAUAAAUGACUUCUUCGGCACCGGCUGGCUCAUUCUAACAAGAUGAAACUGGUUUGUGUCGUACUGUUGGCCUGUCUUGGCCUGUCUUACGCUUUCAGCGUUUUGCCGGAGGUAGACUAUGAAGAAGUUAUGGUGGAGUUAUCAGUAGAUGUGGACUAUGAUCAACUGUUGGAGGGUUGUCCAUUGGAAGCUGCUGAUAAAGUGCAGUUUUGGGAUAUCUGGAAGAUUAUCAGAAAACUUCAUCAGCUCAAGUUGGAGAUUGUUUGUGGACAAACAGCGAAAGAACUUGUGGCUCUUCUCAAUCUUCCAAGGUGUCUGAAAAGACUUGUUAGAAUUGCUCGAAACAUUGUGUGCAGAGAUUGGACACCUCCAACUAAACCACCUACCACACCUUCACCAACUACUCCUCAACCCACAACUACUCCUCAACCAACAACCACUCCUCAACCAACAACCACUCCUCAACCCACAACCACUCCUCAACCCACAACCACUCCUCAACCCACAACCACUCCUCAACCCACAACCACUCCUCAACCCACAACCACUCCUCAACCCACAACCACUCCUCAACCCACAACCACUCCUCAACCUACAACCACUCCUCAACCCACAACCACUCCUCAACCCACAACCACUCCUCAGCCUACAACUCCUGAACCAACCACCCCGGAACCAACCACCCCGGAGCCAACCACUCCAGAACCAACCACUCCUGAACCAACCACUCCUGAACCAACCACUCCAGAACCAACCACUCCAGAACCAACCACUCCAGAACCAUCCACUCCUGAACCAACCACCCCGCAGCCAACCACCCAAGUGGUAACCCCUGAGGUAGACACUCCGGAGCCAACAACCCCUGAACCAACCACUCCGGUACCCUCAACUCCGCAGCCCUCCACUCCGGAACCCUCAAGUCCUGAACCAUCAUCCGCCGAACCAACAACAGCUGAGUCUACAACAGUAGGACCAUCAUCAAAGGUUCUCUAAAUUCGCAGUUAUGAUUAAGUUUUAGUUAUCUUAUGUUGAAAAAGGAUACAAA